UGCAGCGAGUCUUCUGCCUGUCUUAUUAGUGUCUCAAAGCUUGCCUGGGCCGAUUGUCGCAAGCAGUCGCGGGGUUUCCGCUUAAGUUUUUUUCCCCGCGUCGGAACAGCAUCCGAUUAAGCUGACUCCAGCACACCUUAAAACCCACAAAUUGCCCACCGCCCCCCCACGACCGCCACCACCUGGUCCGGGAACAAACAAACAGCUCUGCCUGCCCCAUCACCACUACCACAGGCGCAUGCUGGGGCCCAAUUGAGCCGUCAAGCACCGUCCGACAACCAUGGCGGGCACCAGCGGCUCCGAUCCCACGCGGAUCGCCAUCCUGGGCAAGGAAGACAUCAUUGUCGACCACGGCAUCUGGCUCUCCUAUGUGACUCACGACCUUCUCGAGAACCUCAAGUCGUCCACCUACGUCCUCAUCACCGACACGAACCUCUACCAGACCUACGUGCCCCCCUUCCAGCAAGUCUUUGACAAGCAAGCCCCGAAAGAUGCCCGUCUGCUCACCUACGCCAUCCCGCCCGGCGAAUACUCCAAGGGUCGCGAGACCAAGGCCGAGAUUGAGGACUGGAUGCUGGCACAGGCAUGCACCCGCGACACCGUCAUCAUUGCCCUCGGCGGCGGCGUCAUUGGAGAUAUGAUCGGAUACGUUGCCGCCACCUUCAUGCGCGGUGUGCGCUUCGUCCAGGUCCCAACUACCCUGCUCGCCAUGGUUGACUCAUCCAUUGGCGGCAAGACGGCCAUCGACGUGCCCAUGGGCAAGAACCUGAUCGGCGCCUUCUGGCAGCCCCAGCGCAUUUACAUCGACUUGGCCUUCCUCGAGACCCUCCCCGUUCGCGAGUUCAUCAACGGCAUGGCCGAGGUCAUCAAGACGGCUGCCAUUUGGAAUGAGUCCGAGUUCACCGCCCUGGAGGAGAACGCUUCCGCUAUUCUCGAGGCCAUCCGCUCCAAGGGUUCCAGCCCGUCCGCCCGUCUCGCUCCCAUCCGCCACAUACUGAAACGCAUUGUGCUGGGUUCGGCGCGGGUCAAGGCCGAGGUGGUCUCGUCCGACGAGCGGGAGGGCGGCCUUCGCAACCUGCUCAAUUUCGGCCACUCGAUUGGCCACGCCUACGAGGCCAUCCUUGCACCCCAGGUGCUGCACGGCGAGUGUGUCGCCAUCGGCAUGGUCAAGGAGGCCGAAUUGGCCCGCUUCCUCGGCGUCCUGCGCCCCGGUGCUGUUGCCCGGCUUACCAAAUGCAUCGCCAGCUACGACCUCCCCACCUCGGUUCACGACAAGCGCAUCACCAGGCUGUCGGCCGGUAAGGAGUGUCCCGUCGAUGUGCUCGUCCAGAAGAUGGCUGUCGACAAGAAGAACGAAGGGCGGAAGAAGAAGAUUGUGUUGCUCUCGGCUAUUGGCAAGACUUAUGAGCCAAAGGCUACCGUGGUCGAUGACCGCGCCAUCCGCAUUAUCCUAUCUCCUUCCAUCAGAGUAACCCCGGGCGUGCCCCAGGGUCUUAUCGUCAGCGUGACGCCGCCCGGCUCCAAGAGCAUCUCCAACCGCGCUCUGGUCCUGGCUGCCCUCGGAGAGGGCACCACGCGCAUCCACGGGCUGCUCCAUUCGGAUGACACCCAGUACAUGCUUACCGCCAUCGGCCAGCUCCAGGGCGCCACUUACACUUGGGAGGAUGCUGGGGAGGUCCUCGUCGUCAAGGGCAAGGGUGGCAAGCUGCAGGCCAGCGAGGAGCCUCUGUAUCUUGGCAAUGCCGGCACCGCCUCGCGCUUUCUCACUUCUGUUGCGGCCCUCUGCUCGCCGUCUGCCGUCUCCUCUACCGUCCUGACGGGCAAUGCGCGAAUGAAGGUACGGCCCAUUGGCGCGCUGGUCGAUGCUCUGCGCGCCAACGGUGUGGGCGUCAAGUACCUCGAGAAGGAAAAGAGCCUGCCGGUUCAGGUGGAUGCCACUGCGGGCUUCGCUGGCGGUGUGAUCGAGCUGGCUGCCACCGUCUCGUCGCAGUAUGUCUCGUCCAUCCUGAUGGCUGCCCCCUACGCGCACAAGCCCGUCACGCUCCGACUCGUCGGCGGCAAGCCCAUUUCGCAGCCGUACAUUGACAUGACCAUCGCCAUGAUGGCAUCGUUUGGUGUCAAGGUCGAAAGGUCAACAGAGGAUUCUAAUACCUACCACAUUCCUCAGGCCGUCUACAAGAAUCCCGCCGACUAUGUCAUUGAGAGCGACGCCAGCUCGGCUACCUAUCCCCUGGCCGUUGCCGCCAUCACCGGCACGACCUGCACUAUUCCCAACAUCGGUUCCGCGUCGCUCCAGGGGGAUGCUCGCUUCGCCGUUGAGGUGCUCCGCCCCAUGGGAUGCACCGUGGAGCAGACCGAGACCUCGACUACCGUCACGGGACCUCCCAUCGGCACGCUCAAGGCAAUUGAGCAUGUCGACAUGGAGCCCAUGACCGACGCUUUCCUGACUGCCUCUGUCCUUGCCGCUGCCGCGUCAGGUACGACCCGGAUCACCGGCAUCGCCAAUCAGCGAGUGAAGGAGUGCAACCGCAUUGCCGCCAUGAAGGACCAGCUCGCCAAGUUCGGCGUGCAUUGCAACGAAUUGGAGGAUGGCAUCGAGGUGACUGGCAAGCCCUACCAAGAUUUGCGGAAUCCCACCGAGGGCAUCUACUGCUACGACGACCACCGCGUCGCCAUGAGUUUCGGCGUGCUGUCCACCGUCUCCCCGCAUCCCGUACUCAUCCUCGAACGCGAGUGCACCGCCAAGACCUGGCCGGGCUGGUGGGACAUCAUGUCCCAGGCCUUCCAGGUGCACUUGGAAGGAGAAGAGGACCCGACGGCGAAGCACGCUGUCAAGUCAUCUCGCUCAGGGUCAGACCGAUCCAUCUUCAUCAUCGGCAUGCGUGGUGCGGGCAAGUCUACGGCUGGCCGGUGGAUGUCGGAAAAUUUGAAGAGGCCCCUGAUCGAUUUGGAUGUGGAGCUGGAGAGAAGGGAGGGCAUGUCUAUUCCCGACAUCAUCCGCGGCGAACGAGGUUGGGAGGGUUUUAGAAAGGCCGAGCUUGAGCUUCUCCAAGAUGUCAUGAAGAAUCAGUCCAAUGGCUACAUCUUUUCUUGCGGCGGUGGCAUCGUUGAGACUGAAGCAGCACGCAACCUGCUCAUCUCGUACCAGAAGAACGGCGGUUGCGUUCUUCAGGUGCAUCGCGACACCGACCAGGUUGUGGAGUACCUGAUGAGGGACAAGAGCCGGCCCGCCUACUCGGAAAACAUUCGGGAGGUCUACUACCGCCGCAAGCCCUGGUUCGAAGGAUGCAGCAACUUCCAGUACCACAGCCCGCACCUGGAUGGUUCCGAGGUGUUGCUCGAACCCCCCCCGGACUUCAGCCGCUUUCUUUCCGUGAUCUGCGGCCAGUCCACGCACUUUGAGGACAUCCGCAAGAAGAAGCACUCCUUCUUUGUCUCGCUCACUGUCCCCAAUGUCUCUACACAGCUCGACCUCGUCCCUAGGGCGGUUGUCGGAUCUGACGCCGUUGAGCUGCGCGUGGACUUGCUAGAGAGCUACGAGCCAGAGUUUGUCGCUCACCAAGUCGCUCUCCUCAGGUCGGCAGCCAAGAUCCCAAUUGUCUACACGGUGCGCACAGUCAGUCAAGGGGGUAGGUUCCCUGAUGACGACUUCAAGCUGGCUCACCAGCUCUACAAAGUUGGCUUGCGGACCGGAGUGGAGUAUCUCGAUCUGGAGAUGACCAUGCCGACCGAAAUUGUCGAAGACGUGACCGAGUCCAAGGGCUUCACGCGUAUUAUUGCGUCGCAUCACGAUCCCCAGGGAAAGCUCUCGUGGAGGAACGGUUCCUGGGUUCCCUUCUACAACAAGGCGCUGCAGUACGGCGACAUCAUCAAGCUCGUGGGCACGGCCGUUGAGGUCGGCGACAACUUUGCUCUCAUCAACUUCAAGACGAAGAUGCUUGCUGCGCACGAGACGCCCAUUAUUGCGCUGAACAUGGGUCCCGCGGGCAAACUUAGUAGGGUGCUCAACGGCUUCAUGACGCCAGUCUCCCACCCGGAGCUGCCAGCCAAGGCGGCGCCGGGCCAGCUGUCGGCUACCGAGAUCCGGCAAGCUCUGGCUCUUAUUGGUGAGCUGGAGCCCAGAUCUUUCUACCUCUUUGGCAAGCCCAUCAGCUCGUCUCGCUCGCCCGCGCUGCACAACACGCUGUUUGCCGCGACCGGCCUGCCGCAUCACUACUCGCUCUUCGAGACGGACAAAGCCGCUGACGUCGAGGACCUCAUCCGGGCGCCGCACUUUGGCGGCGCCUCGGUGACCAUCCCGCUCAAGCUAGACAUCAUGCCCCUGCUGGACGAGGUGUCUGACGCCGCGCGCGCCAUCGGUGCUGUCAACACCAUCAUCCCUGUCGCCGACGCGGGCAAGACAGUCCUCCGCGGUGACAACACGGAUUGGAUGGGCAUGGUGUUUGCGCUCCGCUCCGCCGGCCUCGUCCACGCCCGCAACCGCACCGAGGCGUCCAGAGGGGAAGCCGCCAUGGUCGUUGGGUCGGGCGGAACCACGCGCGCGGCCGUUUAUGCGCUGCAUUCGCUCGGCUACGCACCCAUCUACGUCGUGGCGCGCACCGCAGAGAAAGUCAAGGAGCUCGCGGACGGGUUCCCGGCUGAGUACCGGAUCCGGCGGCUCGUGGCGCCUGACGAUGUCGCUGCAGCCGGAGGGGAGGGUGCCGGCGGGCUGCCCGUCGUCGUUGUCAGCACUAUUCCUGCUGAUAAGCCGAUUGACUCGGGCAUGCGCGAGGUGCUGGUUGCUGCGCUCCGCGGCGGCGGUGAGGGCAUGAAGGGUGAGCAGCAGCGGGUGCUGUUGGAGAUGGCGUACAUGCCGCGGCAUACGCCGCUCAUGCAACUGGCGGAGGAUGCUGGUUGGAAGACGAUUCCGGGGUUGGAAGUGCUUGCUGCACAGGGGUGGUAUCAGUUCCAACUUUGGACGGGCAUCACGCCGCUGUAUGCUGAUGCGCGGGCUGCUGUACUGGGCGGCGAGUCUUAGUACAGUAAGGGGUUCAGCCUGCAGAAAAUAUGCCUACGGGCUAUGACCGCGGCGGAGUCUUCAACCUGGCUGUGCUCGCUUUGAUGGCUUCAUUGGGCCAAGGCCAAAGUCUCGUGGGUAAUGGUCCUUGGAUCGGGAUGGUAGCCAGCCAGUUGGCUUUCCUCACCACCUUAGGAUUCGACCUUUUUACCUAUGAGAUAGUUUACCUAAUUCAACAGGGUACAGAUACCGAACUCGGCAUGGCUUUAGGCCUGGGCUGUGGUUCUGGUAUGUAAAAGAAUAGAAUGACAGUCCUUUAUAAGUUUCCAGAGCU